AUGCCCGACGAGCCGUGGGGGUUGAACUCGUCGCCGCCUGGGAUGCCACUCCCCUCCAUCUCGAAGCUGCAUUGUGCCCCGGGUAGCCUCACAAAGCCGGUGAACCGCAGGGAGUUCUUUGCGGAGGAGACCUCGCAAGGAUUCUGGGCGGUGGUCGACGGUCUGCACCCGGGUGCAGCGGAGGACACUGACGACACCGCGACGACCGAGGAGACGCUCUACGGCAAGGUGAUGCAGCUCGCCAACGCACUCCUGCCCAGCUCCAGCAAGCGGUUGCUGCACUACGCGCUCCUCUCUCGCUAUUACAGCCCCAAGGUGGAGAUGUUCAGGCAGUAUUCGCGCGGCCAGGCGGAGCACUGCCGUAACGCCGCAUGGGUGCACGCGGGCACGCACAUGUUGUGCACCCCCGAGGAGGUGCAGCGCUACCUGGAGCAGCCCAACAGCAGGAACGAAUCGGGCAGCGUGCCCGAAGCGACGCUUGUCUUUGGCGAUCAGGAGCACCUCUUUCCCAACGCCGCGCCCUCAUCCGCGCCGCUCCUGGUUCUCUACGGCCAGGUCGGCUCUUCCAAGUUUACCCAAUACCACUCGGUCAUUCGGGUCGCUGCGAGUGCUUCGACUGUGCGUUACGCUGUGCGGCACUACACGCCCGAGGAGCCGGCCAAGCGCUUGAUGAACGUCCAAGGUUACGGCGUUGAGCUUGCCAUCAAGUCGACUGAGUACAAGGUCAUCGACGACAAGGUGCCGGAGAAGGAUCAGGAUGGUGAUGACGAGCAGCAGUCGGGGCAAGAACAGGAUACGACGAUCGAAGGCUUCCAGUUUGACAAGCUGAAGCAGCGCAAGCCAGAGCUAGCCACGGAGCUGGAUGCCUUCAAGGAGCACCUGGAGAUGGUUUCCCAGCAAAACGAAGGCUUCCAGCAGCUUCGCGCUUGGCAGAUCAAGUCGCUGGGCUACCAGGCCGCACAGCGCAUUAUGUCAGCCGGCGAGCCCCUGCAGCUCCUGCGCGACAUCGCCCACAACUUCCCGCCCAUCGCCAAUUCUCUGGCGAGAUUGCGCGUAGAUGCCGAUAUCCGUUCCGAGAUCGAAGACAACCAGGAACAGCUCGCCGGCCUGCACCACCUCCCUGGCAACUUCAUCAACAUGAACGGCCGCAACCUGGCUGCCGAUCAGCUCAGUCCUUACGUCCUCUACGAGUUCAUCAAGGACGAGUUGAGCAAGCUGGACGCGCUCAGCGUGUUCGGGCUCGGCCGCAAGGACUCGGAGAAGCUCCUUUCGCUGGUCCCCAGCACUCCGACCAUUCGCUUCGACCUUCGCGAUCGCGAGGUCUUCCCGUCGGGCGGCACCCCUGCCACUGAUGACCCGAACAACGUCAACGGAGCGAUCCAGUUCGCCAACAAUCUCGAGAAGGAUGCGAUGUAUGGUCACUGGCCCGGCAUCCAUGCGCUGUUGCAACCCGUGUACCCCGGCCAAAUGCGCUACAUCAAGAAGAACAUUCAGACGAUGAUCCUUGUCAUCGAUCCGUCGAGCCCGCAGGGCCUCUCUGUGAUCGGCAACUUCUUGUACAUGUUGAGGCAAGGUCUGCCCUUCCGCGUCGGUUUUGUGUUUUCCUCAGGGAGCACAACUGAAUCGGCUUCCACGUGGGAGCAUUCGGCCGAGAAUCUGGCGAAGCUCGCCAAGGGCGAAUCCGGUGACGCGAGCCAGGGCAGCACGGAGUCGGCCGACAAUGCGCCGCUGCCGGAAAACUUGGCGGCGACCAUCAUCAAGACCUACUUCCUCCUCAAGCAACGAUCAGGCGAAGGCGUUCGGCCCCUCGAUUUCUUCGGCUUCCUCGGCCAGUCGGAGGAGGAGGCCACCGAGGUCACCGAGGAGCGGGUCUGGCAGGCCUUUGCUGCCUUUAUGCACCAGCAGGGCGGCUCCAUCACGCAGUCCGAGUGGCGCGAGGGUAUGAAGAGCGAGGCGGUGGCGACCGAGUACCGGACCAUGCAACGCUACAUCGAGCAGAAGGGCAUCGCCCUGUUGGACCGCGGCUCGCAGUACAUCUUCACCAACGGCAAGUUCCAGCAGAUCCCCGCUGACUCCUCCGUUGGCUCUGCGCUCCAAAACCUCCUCAUGCAGGAGACCUUCUACGGCUACUCGCGCUUCCAAGAGGCGGCCUACAAGCGGGAACUCCAGCACGUGGACGACCUGUGGUCGUGGAUCUUGCAGGAGUCGUCGCCGGUCUUCGACCGCUUCUCGUCGCUCAUCUUCCAGACGACCGGCGAGGACGAGAACGGCUGGGUGUCGCUCGCCAGGCACAGGGAGCUGCUGGCCCCGGCCACGGCCUACCUCAGCUUCCCCGCGUCCGAGUUCAACCUCAAGGAGUACACCCACCUCGUCGUCGGCGACCUCACCACUCGGCCCGGGCUCACUCAAGCCCUGGAGGCCGUCAUGCGCCUUGCCGAAGAGGGCAGCGAAAAGGUGCGCGUGGGAUUCCUCCACAACACGGAGCAGGAUUCGCAGCAGGUGCCCCCGGAGCGCAGGGAGAACGAGUUCCUCGUUGCUCGCGCCCUGCAGGCCGCCCUCACUUCUGGCAAAACGCUGAAGCGUGUGUUCCCGUUCGUGACGCGAUUGCUGGCCACCGCGCUCGCGGUCGGACCCGAGAACGUCCGGGCCGCGCAUAUCGAAGAGCUCGCCCUCGCUGCCGAGCUCAAGGACCUUCCGGCCCUCAUGUCGAAGACCGUCGCCGCCGCCUACGCCCAGUUCGAGCGCGACCGCAACCUCGCCUCCUCGGCCCUCGGCCUCCUCCCCGGCCAGCGCGCUGUCGUCACCAAUGGCAAGGUCACUCGCCUGCCGGAUCAGGUGAUGCUGGUGCAGGACCUGAAGCUGUUGGAGGCCUUCGAGGGCCUGGCGCGCGUGGACCAGAUCAGGGCCACGCUCGAUGGCGUGAGCGAGCACUUCGGCGUCGACCCCGACGACCUCACGAGUGAGUUCUACAGCAAUGAGCUCGCUGCCGCUGUGUCAGUGUUGAGCGCGGAGACGGCGAGCAGUGAGCAGAGGGUCAACCUCCCCCAGCUCACCCCGUCGUUCGUGGCCGGUGAGCAGAAUGAUCCCACCCUGAAGAUCGUCGCGGUGCUCGAUCCGCUGUCCAAGGGCGCUCAGCAGAUCGCGCCCCUGUUGCUCUCGCUGGUCAACAACGACAUGGGCAUCCAGGUGCAGGUCGUUCUCAACCCGAAGCGCGACCUGACCGAGCUGCCCCUCAAGACCUUCUACCGCUACGUGCUCCAGGACGAGCUUGUCUUCGACGCCGCCGGCAGGCUGGCGCGGAAGGGAGAGGCAGUGUUCAACAACCUGCCGACCUCGCUGCUGUUGACCAUGAACAUGGACACGCCGCACUCGUGGGUCGUGCAGGCCGUGAGGUCGUGCAUUGAUGUGGACAAGGGCUCGCCGGCUGUGGGCCUGCAGAUCAAUCUGGGCAAUCACCAGCAGUCCCACAUCACCGACACCACGGUCAUGGCCAACCUGGGCUACUUCCAGCUCAAGGCCAACCCCGGCCUGUGGUGGCUGUCGCUGGGUAAGCGGUUCGGCGACGAGCAGCAGGAGGGCGUGAGCCCCUACCAGCUGCUCUCGACGGACGGGCGCACACCGGUCCCGCGACUCGCCGCCAAGAUUGACCGCUUCACCAACACCGAAUACUUGCAGCCCUACAAGGUCAAGCGCGGUGCGGCUCAGCAGGUGGAGGGGACCAAGGAGGAGCUUGCCAAGCAGGACGGAGGGAUGUGGGGCCAGUGGAUGAGCUACUUCCAGGACUCGCAGAAGGACACCGCCGAGGCCGAAGCCAAGAAGGAUGAAACGAUUCACAUCUUUUCGGUCGCGUCGGGCCAUCUGUACGAGCGAUUCCUGAAGAUCAUGAUGCUCACCGUCCUGAAGAACACCAAGUCGCCGGUCAAGUUCUGGUUCCUCGAGAACUACCUCUCGCCCAAGUUCAAGGAGUACGCGCCGGUGUUCAGCCAGGCCUACAACACGAGCAUCGAGCUAGUGACCUACCAGUGGCCCAGCUGGCUGCACCACGAGACCGAGAAGCAGCGCGUCAUCUGGGGCUACAAGAUCCUGUUCCUCGACGUGCUCUUCCCCAUGGACCUGCGCAAGGUCAUCUUCGUCGACGCUGACCAGAUCGUGAGAACGGACCUGAAGGAGCUGUAUGACAUGGACCUGAAAGGGGCGCCGCUGGCCUACACGCCAUUCUGCAGCAGCCGCACAGAGAUGAACGGUUUCCGUUUCUGGGACUCGGGCUUCUGGAAGAACCACCUCGGCGGCCGUCCCUACCACAUCUCCGCCCUCUACGUGAUCGACCUCAAGCGAUUCAGGGAGAUGGCUGCGGGCGAUGUGAUCCGUGCCACGUACCAGCAGCUGUCGCAGGACGAGAACUCGUUGGCCAACCUGGACCAGGAUCUGCCCAACUUCCUGCAGAACCGGGUUCCGAUCUUCUCGCUUCCGCAGGAGUGGCUCUGGUGCGAGACCUGGUGCGACGACGAGUCCAAGGCGCGCGCCAAGACCAUCGACUUGUGCAACAACCCAUUGACCAAGACGCCCAAGCUCGAGAACGCGGUGCGCAUCAUCCCCGAGUGGCGCGACCUUGACGAAGAGGCCAGGAGCAUCGAGGAGCGGUACUCCAGCUCCUUCGCGUCGUCGGCCACCGCCACAGCCACCACAGCCCCCGACGCCGCAGCUGCCGAUCACGUCCCGCCACCCACCGCGCCCUUCGAAGAGAUCCACGCCUGA